GCGCGGCAAACCUGCGGAGCCGAGGAGAGACGCCGGGCUGGCUGAAGCGGUGCGCCUGUAGAAUCGUUCCGCCCCAGUCCAGAAGACAGAGAAAAGUCGUAAGUUCAGAGCUCUCAGCCGCUGAAUGUUCAAAACAGAGCCACAUCUGUCGGGUCGGCAGUCGGAUGAGAGAGCAGCCCAUCCACAACUCCGGACAGGCAAAACACGUCGCUCACCAAGUAUCUGCCGAGCCUGAGCCAUCCAGUAGCCAUAGACAGAACAAUACGCAGUGGUCAAAAAAUAUGGAUCAGGAUGAAAAUCAGAAAAUGGACUGUGAAAUGACACAGGAGGGUUUCAGCAAUAUUACAGACUUACAGGCUACCGACAUUCCUGAAGAAAUUGUAUUCUCCCAUAUGCCUCAAAGAAUCCACGUAGAUGAGUUUGACUCUCCUCCCAAUAAGUACUGCAACUACGAUAUUUUUCCUAAAUGGCAUUUACCAGUGAAAACAGCAUUAAUACUCUCUUCAUUCACAUUUAUUUAUACUUUCCUAAGGGACAUCAUCCAUCCUUUUGUCACUGCUCAGGAAAAUGUAUUUUAUAAAAUUCCCAUCUUGGUCAUAAACAAAGUCUUACCGGUGGUAUCGAUUACUCUUCUGGCCCUGGUUUAUUUACCUGGAAUAUUAGCUGCAGGUUUCCAAUUCUAUCAUGGAACUAAGUAUAGACGUUUUCCACAAUGGUUAGACAGAUGGAUGUUAUCAAGAAAACAGUUUGGGCUUCUUAGCUUCUUUUUUGCUUCAAUGCAUGCCUGUUACAGUUUGUGCUAUCCACUGAGGAGAUCAUACAGAUACAAACUGCUGAACUGGGCAUAUCAGCAGGUACAGCAGAAAAAGGAAAAUGCCUGGAUUGAACAUGAUGUCUGGAGAAUGGAGAUUUAUGUAUCUCUAGGAAUUCUGGCACUUGCUUUACUGGCUCUGUUGGCAGUAACAUCAAUUCCAUCUGUCAGCUACUCACUAACUUGGAGGGAGUUUCAUUAUAUUCAGAGCAAGAUGGGAUAUUUAGCUUUGCUGCUUUGUACUAUUCAUGCACUAGUAUUUGCAUGGGAUAAAUGGAUCGACGUACGCCAGUAUUUAUGGUAUACUCCACCCACAUUUAUAAUAGCAGUUAUUCUUCCAAUUAUAGUUCUGACUUGUAAAAUUAUCCUGCUGUUCCCGUGCUUUAGGAAGAGAUUACAGAAGAUCAGAUCUGGUUGUGAUGCUGCGACAAGUAAGACACAGAUCGCUUCCAAACUGUAGAUGCACUGACCUUUUCCAAGUCCUAAACAAAAUAGUUGAUACAUGUGGUUGCAGUUCUGUCUAUAGGUACGUGGAGUAAGCCCCAUUAGACUUGUUAAGGUUUACUUCUGAAUAUACGUAUCUGCGGUCAAACUGCACAAUGGAAAAGUCUACCUACUUAGGGAGAAACAUUUUUAUAUUUCAUUUUUACUGAGAAAAUCCUGAGAUUGUGCCUCCAUGAUCCCAUAUACAUGAAUCCAUAAAAAUCCCCCAAAUUUCUAUUUCUUAUUUAGUCAGAAUCUUCUUCAG